AUGACUACAUCUCCUCAUUCUGGUACUGGGAUACCUUUGUAUGACUCCGAGCAUUACUUGUAUACCCCGCAGCAAAGGCCUCCACCACAAAGACCUCAACGCCCGCCUCAACAACCCUCCGCCCCAAGACAACGCAGCGUUGACCUCCCAGAUGUUGAACAGGACGUGCCUCUUACAGGACCAUCCGAUGCUCCAGGUAGCAGUGUAGCGCAUCAUGCGCUCACUCAUCGACGCUAUGGACAGCCGUCAGCCAGCCCACCCCGAACCACCCGCCGCCCAUCUCAUGACGGGUCCGCCGGUGGCUCAUUGCUAUUCGAAGGGGCGAGUACCCCUGCCUCCUACUCUCGAUCCCCGUUGCUUGCACCCCUAUCGCCUCCGCCAGUGUACGAUCCCUCACCUCGCGAUCCACGACGUACCCCUCCGUAUCCCGGCCGCUCGCUCUCGCCUCGACUCAGCAGUACCCAACCACCUCGCGACACCUCAAGCAAUGGUGCCCCUUCCGGACGCAAUGCCGCGCCCGCUCAACGAGCGGCUCCACCGCUCUCGUCUUCGCCUGUGUAUCCUGUCAUUGGCAACGCACGUCAGGCUCGGCGUGUGGCCGCCCGUGCCGCUCAGGAGCACGGUCCGACCGAGCGCAGUCACACCCAGCCGAUUCGCCACCAUCACACACUGGUCGCUCCUCAACGUCGCCCCUCCACACCACCCUCUCCGGCGCCCACUGUAGCGUUUGCCCACCCCGCGCCAGAACCUGCCGCUUCUACCGUCACUGCGUCGGAUAACGACGGCUCUGUCGAUCCUGCUCCCAGCUAUAUCUCUGCGCUGGCCGCAGCUAAACGCUCACGCGACGCCGAAUACAUCGAGUCGCGCCAAAGGCGGGUGCGACGGAAGCAAUACAGGGUCGAUAAAGCGGAGCGGAAGCUCGAAGACGCCAAGAUGGAUGUCGAGAAUGCGCGGAUAUGCCUUGUAGAGGCUGAGAGAGACUUGAGGCAGGCAUACGCGGCACAGGAAGGCUUAGGGGACGUAGCAGGGGAUGAGGCCCGUCGGCUCGUUACUCCCCCAACCGUUGGAACGACUGGAAGCUCAAUUCAUGCUCCUCCUCGGGUGAAUGCACAAACGCUUAGCGGCUUUCCACUCAUCGACGCUAUCAAUCAGCAACCCAGAGCUUUCACCGCGGCCAUUGAGUCUAUCGCUCAAGUACUCAAUAUCGGACUAGACGAAUACCCACGCGAUCCUGCGAAAUUUUUGAACAACGCGCGAGAUAUUAUACAAAUCAACCUCCGCGUCAAUAACCGUGAGCAUCCGGCCAAUGUCGGCAGGGCAGGUCCCUCUUACAGGGCUGCAAGCGUUCUAAGGACACCCGUCUCGUCGCCCAAAGCAUCCCCUGCCCUGGCUCGCCCUAAUGAGACUACUCUUACAUAG